CAAGUGAACGCGAAGAGACAAAGUUUCGUCUCAAUUUUUAACCUUCUUGUGAUAAAGAGCUGGCCAAUGGCCUCGGUUCAGCAACCCCCUCCACCCCCUCCACCUUCUCCACCUGUCACUUUGUGUUCUGGAAAGCAGGGUCCUCUUCUUCCACCGUGCCCUCAGCAUGCUGCAAUACCAAUACCUCCUGAAUAUCCUCCAGUUCAGGAGACAAGUGGAUCAUCGCAGGCAAAUUUCUCAGAGAAUGGAUCAUCUCCACCCAUGCAAAAUGGAUUACAGUUUCCAUCAUCGCAAGACAGUACAGGGCCUGAGCUGUCAGAUGGUGAUGAAGAAAAGAAACACCUCCCAGUGCAGGAAACAGACCCUGCACCGCAGACGUUAGCCCAACAGGCUUCUGGAUCCAGGGUGCCCGAUGAAGCUGAUGCUCAGGCAGGAAGGCUUGACAGUGUUUGGUGAGUUCCAUAAUGCAGCGGUCCCCAACCCCUGGGCCAUGGACCGGUACCGGUCCGUGAGUCGUUUGGUACUGGGCCAGGAGAGUUGAAGCUGGGGUGUGAAAUGUAUGGUUUUCAGGGUUUUCAUCGUUAACUCGGUUUCCCUGGGUCUUUUCCCGUGUUGUAGUUGUGUGUCUUAUUUUCAAAGAAAUAUUUACGCAUUACCAUAGCGACCAGAGAGCAUUAAGGGGCAGAGAGGAGGACGUUACUCUCAAUGUUGUUGGCGCAUUUCAGGAGGACGCUGCUAAUAAAGUUACAAAAUUACACAGCGAAUUUGUGUUUAUUAUCAUAUUUACAGAAUACCACAGUUUUU